UCAUAGUAACAAUAAAUCAAGUGCCACACUACUAAAUUCUUUUCAAUUAAAAAUGGAUAUGUUUAAAACACACCCGGGAUUUUGUCCAACAUGUGGCUCAAUAUUUCCACCACUUCGGCCAACUGAAAAUGUUACAUGUUAUAACUGCAAAAAGGUUUUCAGUCCAGAUGUUUUAGGAGAACAGGAAAUUGAAUAUACUAUACAUUUUAAUACAUACGACCCAAAGAAACUAAGUUGUAAGCCGGAAAGUGUAAACAAGAGCGAGGAGCCAAGUGGUCCUAUUGUUGAACGAAAAUGCUCACAAUGUGGACAUGACAAAAUGUCAUAUGCGACAUUACAAUUACGUUCUGCGGAUGAAGGACAAACAGUUUUCUUUACAUGUUUGAAAUGCAGGUUUAAGGAAUCUGAGAACUCAUAGGCUGUUUGAAAUAGUAUUUAUUUUUAAGUUAAUAAAUAAAAAAAAAAUUCAA